AUGACGAAGUCUGCCGCCUGCGCGAGACAUGGUCUAUCCGCCGACACGACUCUAUCGACAGAGUUCUCCAAUCCUACCUCUCCCGUGUCGCCGGCGCCGUCGUCUCUCUUGAGCCAUCAACCCAAGAAGGGCGAAGGAGGAACGAUCUUCGGGUGCGAGGAGGGGGGGGGGGGGGGUGCACUACGGAGUGCCGACUACGACCUGAAGGUCUACGGGCUAGAGGACAAGCACAUGUACGUGGUGGAUGGAAGAGGGAAGCCGAGGGAGAUGGAGUGGAUAAACUGGGUGCAGGGACUGAUCGUGGCGUGGUUGAGCAAGAGGGACGCGGAGGUUGUCAGCAAGGCGCCGAGGAUCUACGGGGGGGCGUUCCGCCCCCUUGUUCUUUCUGCGGGCGGGUUGAUGAGUGAGGAGACGGCUGUGGAUUGGCGAAGUUAG